AGGAUGGUGGUGAAGUGGACCUCACCCUAUUAUGCCUUCUAUGAGAAGCGCCCCCGCAUUGACGACUCAACGGGGAAGCGCUGCCACGUCUUCUCGUGUCUCAUGAAGGGAAGGGGCUGCAAGUCCCCAGAAAAGCGCCGAUAUCUUCAUACCGGUGACUCAUCGUCUACCGGUUCGCUCCAGAAGCAUGCGAUCUCGUGCUGGGGGCAGGAAGCAGUCGACAACCUCUUGGCCGCGCAGCUCCCUGUUGACGACGCACGUCAGAAGCUGUUGAAGUCGAAGGCCCGGAGCAGGGACAUCAGUGUCAUAUUCGAGCGCGCAGACGGUGCGAAGGGACCGGUGACGUACUCCAACCGGCAGCACACAAACACAGAAGUCCGUAUUUUGAUAGCGCGCUGGGUUGCGGAGUCGUCAAGACCAUACAACAUUGUCAAAGAUCGCCACCUACUUACCUUGCUGAAGACCGGACGUCCGAACUACAAAGUGCCGUCUGCGACGACUGUUGCCUGUGACGUAAAGUCCGUAUUUGCAGGAUCUCGGUCAACAAUGCGGAAGCUCCUGCGUAAAUAUCCAGGCCGUCUUAGUUUCUUGACCGACUGCUGGACCGCACCAAACGAACGGCCAUACAUGGCCAUUGUCGUGUACUUCAUUCACAAAGAUAAGCCAGUUAGCGCGCUGCUUGAUGCUAUAGAGAUCGCCGAGGUAUGUACCGCCUGUGGAACGGCCUGCUCGGGACGAGAGCUGACACAUUGCCGCACCAGAGUCACACUGGGACGACGCUUGCUCGGGAGUUCGUCCGUGUCCUGCGGGAGUUUGGAAUAG